UUUCAUUCGACGUUUAUUUUUUACUUUUCUUCUUCUCUCUCUGAAAAAUCGAAACGGCGAUUUCACGAGAGAUUUUUUUUCCUCAUCGUCUUCUCCUCUGUCCGGCGAUUGAAACACCGGGGCGACCGUCUCCUCGUCGUCUCCUCGUCUCCUCGUCUCGUCGUCUACUCCGGAUCCACCGAUUAGCUGUUCUUUGUCUAGCUGGGUUUUUGGGGUUGGGCUCUUUGUCUACCUGUUACUUUGGUGGGUUUGUUGAAUUCCGGUGAGAGAAACAAUGGCUUGCAUGAAGCUGGGAUCCAAAUCUGAUGCUUUCCAGAGACAAGGCCAGGCUUGGUUUUGCACAACUGUACUUCCAAGUGACAUUGUCGUUGAAGUUGGGGAGAUGUCUUUCCAUCUCCACAAGUUUCCCUUGCUCUCUAGAAGUGGAGUCAUGGAAAGAAGGAUUGCAGAGGCGUCAAAAGAAGGGGAUGAUAAAUGUCUCAUUGAAAUUUCUGAUCUUCCUGGCGGAGACAAAACGUUUGAACUAGUUGCCAAGUUCUGCUACGGUGUGAAGCUCGAACUCACUGCCUCUAAUAUGAGUGUGAAGCUUUGCAAACACUAGUAGUCAGCAUAAGUUGUAUAUGUUACAAUUGUUACUAUUAGUAGAUUAAUAAACAUGAUCACUAUGAAUCAGUACUGGAACAGAGUUGAAAACAGAGGAUGUGGUAAGAUA